CUUCUCCUUCCUCCAAAACCCAGACCACGCUUUGCUGUUCCCCCACACGCAAACACAACACCGCGUUCUUCUUCUCAUCAGUCAGUCAAACUCAAAACUCAACACCAUGACCCCAAAAUCCCUCUUCUUCUUCUCCACCACCCUCGCUCUUCUCAUCCUCCUCAUACCCAUCUCUGCCCAAAUCUCCGACCCGAACCCGAAACCGACCCAAUCCCUAUCCGCGGCCCACACUGAGCUCACCAACUAUGGCUUCCCAGUCGGACUCUUACCCUCCUCAGUCCAUGGCUACUCCAUAAACAAGACCUCCGGCAACUUCUCCGUCGAGCUCGGCGGCGACUACAAGAUCACUCUCCCGCCGGACAACUACCUCGCCACCUAUUCCAGGACAGUCAGGGGAAAGAUCGUUUCGGGUAAGAUCGCUGAGCUCGACGGGAUUCAGGUCCGUGCGUUGUUCAGGUGGUGGUCCAUCACCGGGAUCCGAUCCACCGGCAAAGACUUGGUGUUCGAGGUCGGCAUGGUCAGCGCCAAGUACCCCUCCAAGAACUUCGACGAGAGCCCCGAUUGCGAAGGUAAACACUCCUCUUUGUGAGUGAGCGAGUGAGGUAUGAAUUCAAAUCCCAAUUCAAUUCGCUCUUAAUUAGGGUUUUGAAUUGAUCAGAGAAAUUCGAGACUAAAGUAUGUG